AUGCCAACUACAACGUGUUCGUCUCUAGGCUGCAAGGAGGCAGCCAAUUUGCAAUGCCCGACUUGCUUGAAGCAAAACGUUGUAGAAGGUUCCUUCUUUUGCUCGCAAGACUGUUUCAAAAAGAGCUGGGUAAUUCAAGCAAAAAAAGAUCUGUUUACCAGUUUGUCGUCGAUAUUAACAAUGCUUUUUUGUUGUCAAUCAGGAGCAAAAUACGAUCCCUUCUCAACAUUCGGAUAUACUGGAAAAUUACGUCCAGUCUAUCCGCUUUCUCCUCGCCGUCAAAUCCCUGAACAUAUUGAGCGACCAGAAUAUGCGGAAACGGGCAUUCCCAAAACCGAAUUCACGCCGAUUCGAAACAAGAUUAGAGUGUUGUCACCAGAGGAAAUCCAAGCGACUCGAGAAGCUUGUCGGAUCACGCGUGAAGUGCUCGAAACGGCAGCUGCUGCGGUUCGUGUAGGUGUCACUACGGAUGAAAUUGACCGAAUUGUUCACGAAGCAACGAUCGAGCGCGGCGCAUAUCCUUCACCACUCAACUACCAUUAUUUCCCCAAAUCAUGCUGCACAUCAGUGAAUGAAGUCAUUUGUCAUGGUAUCCCUGAUCAACGGCCGUUGGAGGAUGGCGAUCUUCUCAACAUUGACAUUUCCUGCUUCUACAACGGCUUCCAUGGCGAUGCAAAUGCAACCUACCUCGUCGGCGAUAACGUCAACCCUGUUGCCAAAAAGCUCGUUCAAGUUACCCGAGAAUGCUUAGAAAAGUCGAUCGCUGCUGUCAAACCGGGCAUGCGAUAUCGCGAUUUUGGCAAGAUUAUUGAAGAUCAUGCAACAGCAAAUGGGUUCUCGGUAGUACGAGCGUUCUGUGGACACGGUAUUAAUCAAUUGUUUCACUGUGCUCCCGAUGUGCCUCAUUAUGCCAAUAACAAGGCUGUCGGUAUUUUGAAGCCAGGUCAUAUCUUUACCAUUGAACCCAUGCUGUGUGAAGGUGUUUACGAUGAUUUGUUAUGGCCGGAUGGAUGGACGGCUACCACUAAGGAUGGCAAAUUAUCAGCACAAUUCGAGCAUACUAUGCUCGUUACCGAAACCGGCGUCGAGGUUUUGACUUGA